AUUGUAAAUUGGGUAGUGGUCAGAGUUGUUUUUGUACACUCAUCAACAGAGCCUGGUGCGUCCAAAAGACAUCUGUGACUGUGUGUAUGUUGGAGUUUUUGACUGCUGUCUGGGGAGUGUGUGUGUGAUCAAAAUGGUAGACAAAGAGUACCCCAGCAUCAACUUUCAGAGGCUCAUAUCGGACGAGAGCUGUGGCUCCGCGGUGCUGGAGGAGUCAUGCUUCUACCUCCAGGCCGAGAUCCUAAACCAGCUCCCCAGCUCCUUGGCCCAGCAGAACAUCCACCACCAACACCAGGACAGGGGGACCAAGGAGACACUGAUCUCGGGAGAGAAGCACCCUGGCCAGGCCAGAGGAGCCAGUAACCGGGCCUCAACCGUGCCGCUCAAAUAUCUGCCCGCUUGUAUGCAGAGGAAGAGAGAGCUUCGGGACCUGAGGAACCAACAAAGGUCUACUAUUGGCCGAUGGGAAUCAUGGAGGAGGAGCCAGAGUAUAAACAUGAGAAGACUUGGGGAACAUGUGGGCGGAGCUAUCUCAAGUCUGCUGCCAUGGAGCCACACCCUUCACUCCAUCGAAGGUAGAUUCGGAGCAGGUGUGAAGGCCUACUUUGUGUUCCUGAGGUACCUGGUCUACCUGAACAUCCUACGUGGACUGAUCAUAGGAGGCACCAUACUCACCCCCACAGCCAUGUACAGCAGAAACAACUGGGGUUUACAGACUUUUCAAGGCAAUGACUCGCUUUUGGACUUCUUCCUUGGUUCGGGUUUCCUAGAGCGUUCUCCAGUGUUCUAUGGGUUCUACUCGCGUGGCUCUUUGGAGCUGCCUUGUUUCAACACACCCCUGCUCUUCUUGCUGGGAACCCUCUCUGUCUUCAUCCUCAGUCUAAUCAUGGUGGUCCGCAGGACGGUCGUCGGCUACAAGCACACGUGGUUGCUAGACAACCGCUACAACAUCCACAUGAGCUUCAAGGUGUUCUGCGGCUGGGACUUCUGUAUCCAGGACCCAGAGGUCGCCGCCAUCAAGCUGAGCUUCAUCCGGAACGAUCUGAAGUCAUACCUAGAGGAGGAGAGGUUCCAGCUGCGUGAUGCCAUGAGGACGCUGAUGGAGCGGUUGCGCCUGUACCUCCUGCGGGUGUUCCUCAACAUCUUGGUCAUGGCUCUCCUGGGCGGAGCCUUUACUCUGAUCUACUACGCCACCUUGCUGUCAAUGGACCAGCAGCACAACUGGUUCCUCAGCCUGCUCUUCCAGUACCUCCCUCCCAUUUUCAUAACGCUGGCCAACUUCACCCUCCCCCACAUCUUCCGCUGGAUCGCGGUCUUCGAGGAUUAUUCCCUGGCUGUACAGGUCAACACCACCCUCGUCAGGAGUAUCUUCCUAAAGCUGGCGUGUCUGGGAAUCUAUCUGUUCUUCCUCAUAAAAUACAUCAAAAACACCGAAACAGAUCAGUGCUGGGAGAACCAGUUUGGGAAAGAGAUGUACAAGCUGUGUAUGUUCGAUUUCCUGACGUGUUUCUUCAAAGCCUUCUUCGUUUCCUAUCCUGUUAAGUUGUUGGUGAGCCGUCACCCAUCCUGCUGGCUGGCACGGUUGCUAGGGCAACAGUACUUCCUGAUCCCGUUCAAUGUCCUGGACCUGGUGUACGGUGAGACAGUCAGCUGGGUCGGACUGUUCUACUGCCCCCUGCUGCCCUACAUAGGUACUGCCAAGCUGGUUGCCGUCUUCUACAUCAAGAAGUUCGUGGUUCUCCAGUGCUGUGUCCCGGCCCAGAGAAUGUUCCGGGCUUCCAGUUCUUCUGUUCUGUUUAACGUCAUGUUACUACUGGGUCUCAUCAUGGCCGCCAUCACCUUGGGGACCAACCUACACAGGUUUGUCCCAUCCUCUGGCUGUGGUCCGUUCGCUGGCAGUAAAACGGUGUUCAAUGUGACAGCGGUGUGUGUGGACGUCUUACCACGACCGGCCCAGACCGCCGUGCGCUACCUGACCUCAGAGACCUUCUUCUACUUUCUGAUCCUUGCACAGACUGUUCUUCUGACCUCCUAUGAGUCACGGCGGCGAGCCAUUGCGAAGGCCAUCGAGAGACUGAAGGACAUGCUUGUGAUGACCAGCUCGGAUAAACAUUUCUUACUGAAGCAGAACACUCUGUCACUCAGACGCCAGAGGAAGAAAUCAAAGUCCCCCGCCGUUGCCCCAGGCUCGGAAGAGGCCAGCUCUACCCCUCAAACUCUGACCCCUGAAAGACCCCUCUGAGUCCCAGGUCAGGGUUCACAGCCCAUACUGCGAUGAACAUGGGACCUUCGGACUCCCCGGGCCACUUGAGAGUUUGUUUCGGAAGAGUGUUUGUUAUUUAUUACAUGGUGACUCCACUGUUGCGGUUCAUGGGGGCUGAAGGAGGUUGAGAACUUUGAAUUGGUCAUGAUGUAACCAUAGACUGCUCUUCUCUGACAUCAGCUGAGGAUAAAAGUAGUGUCCAGAGGCCUAGUUUGGUCCAGCGAAGCCAUCGCCUCUGUUGUAGAUGUAGAUAACCACUUUUAGAAUCACAAAUCCUUGUGUCAAUAUUUGUGAAAGCCCACGUUCCAUCAGCGGACAAUAUGGAAAUGGUUUUAAAUGAUUUUUCAACUAUCUUACUACUUCACAUGCGAAUAUUGACUUCGAGACUACAGCAUAGAUACACAUACUGAGGUAUAAAAGCUUUUCUAGACAGAACACUGUAUUAUAGGUUUUCUGAAAACCCAUAAAACAACUGAUUUAUAUAAAAACAAGUAUAACUGAUAAGUUCUUAUAUAGUUUGAGAUUGUUUCUGAGGCUUUUAUUAAUGUAAU